AUGGCGUCGCGAUUACUCUCCUCGAGCGUACCUCGCGCUAUCAAACCCGAUAACGAACAUAUUAGCGAACGAGGCCACCCGACUACACAAGCAACACGCGACGAGGCUUCGGCUCCCGAAAAGGAACAGGGCGCGCUUUCCCGACGGCUUGAGCAGGCGACGGAAGACGCACUCACAAGCGGCGGGAGGUCGGGCUGGCGUGCCAUCGAAGAGGCGGGGUUCUCGGAAGAGCUCAAGGCGAAAUUAUACGAAAAGGUGGCAACGGCAACGAUUGGUUCGGCCGAGGACCUCGUCGGAGGCCGUGUCGGGCCGGGAGCUGGUGCCGGAACGCGAGCACACGCCGAAGCUGCACCGUGGACGGGCGAGGAGUCGCACGAGGACGCGGCGUUGCGCAUGCUAGAUGAUUCCAAGAGGAAGCUCCCUCCUACCCUUCGAGGGCGACCGGCCAUCCCGCCACCGACCCUGAGCCGUGCUUCGACUAGGGCCGGCGGCGUCAAGCGAGCUGCUGGAGCCAGGAGCUUGCCAAGACCUACCGCGUGGAGGGGAAAGGGUUGA